GAAUGGUUUUAAAGAUGACAUUAACGUUAAUAUUCUCAUUUCAUUUCUCUUUUCUUUGGUUAUGGUUGGGUAUGGUUUAAGAAUGAUUGCGGGGUUUUUCAAAAGGAAAACAAUUAAAACGGUUGUGCCGAAUAUUGUGGAAAUGAUUACAGAACAAGAGGAGGAUGAGGAAUUAGCCAAGAUUAUGGAAGAUCACAUGAUGAAAGCAAUUUGGAUUUUUAAUUUGUAUGCGAAAUGGGGAACACUUUUAUUUUCCGGAGCAGCAAUUAUUAUUGGUAUCUAUUUUCGCUUAAAUGAGGAGUACGGACUUAUGAUGGAUCUCCCAUUUGAAGUAUCCAACAGAUUUUUGCGUGAAAUUCAAUUUGUGUUUCAAGCAUUCUUUCUAAUGAUUGCCGCACGAUCUGUAAUUUCAUUGGAUCUUGCAAUUAAUUUUCUCGGAGUUCACGCAAUUGCAGAACUCAAUACUCUCAUUGAUUACAUAAGGAUAAUGGAUAGGAAAGUGAAGACACAACGUAACUUCUUAAAAAUAAUUCUCAAAAGACACUACUCUGUCAUUGAAAAUAUCGAUUUAAUUAACGACAUUAAUUCUGAAGCAUCUUUCGUGCAACUUGGACUGAGUUGCUUGGCCCUAAUGUUUGGCUUUUCUUUCGUACUUCAGUACAAAACAGGCAUUGGCAAUUACCUUAUUAUUGUAUGUGGUGCAGUACUAAGUCUACCUAUUUGCAUUCUCGGUGAAGUUAUUCAAUUUAAAACUGAUCAAUUGGCUAAUGUUCUCUAUCUAACUAAUUGGUACGACCUAAGUGUGAGUGAUCAGAAAGCAUUCCUUAUUAUUCUUGGUAUGGCACAGAGAGAAUAUCGCCUUAAAGCUGCUGGAACGUAUGAUGUUAAUCUCAAUGCCUUCAUACAGAUUUUCAAAAUGGCCAUAUCCUAUUGUGCUAUUCUCUAUAGUUUGAGUCAAUAAU